ACUACUACUACUAGUAGCUGAACAGUUAAACAUUGUUAUCUAGCGCUAACGGUGUAGUUCAGAUAGAAAUUAGUUGCUUCCAAAUCAUCUUCUAAAGUUGGAAAAAUAAAGUACGUUACAUACAUAUAUUGUAAUCAACAUGGAUCCCUCUUAUAUAUUUAAGGGAGUUAAGGAUAGAUUUUCUGGUUUGACAGUGUCUUCACAGGAUGAAUACAUUAAAACAAACAGUUUUGAAUCUACUUUAGAAGCAUCAAUAAACCAGUGGAGAAAAGAUGGGAUUAGGGCUCUUUGGUUCCGGGUUGAUAUUCUUCAUACUGAUUGGGUUCCUAUACUAGCAAAGCAUGGAUUUGUGUUUCACCAUGCUCAACCUGACUUUGUAAUGAUGGUGCAUUGGUUAGCUGCCAGUGAACCUAACAAUUUACCUGGGUAUGCACAUAACAUGGUUGGAGUUGGUGCAUUUGUUGUGAAUAACAAUGAUGAACUUCUAGUAGUAUGUGAAAGGUUCUAUACAAAACCACACUGGAAAUUGCCCGGGGGAUAUGUACAGCAAGGAGAAGAUCUUCGAUCAGCAGCUGUGCGAGAAGUUAAAGAGGAAACAGGUGUAGAUGCAGAAUUUGUGUCGAUGGUGUCAUUUCGCCAUGUUCAUAGAGCAAAUUUCAGUUGUUCUGACAUUUACUUUAUUGUUCACCUUCGCCCAACUUCAGAGAGUAUUACUAUGUGCAAGAAAGAACUAACAGCGUGUGAGUGGAUGAAGUGUACUACUGUAGUGGAAUUGUUUACUGAAUAAAACCUUGAUUCUGGUUACACCGGGUUUACUUCAAUUUAUUCAGUAAAACAAUUCAAUCGCCAUGGAACGGCUUCUACGCCCUCCCCGGUUCGAGGUGGACCCUGACUCUGCCCAGGCCACCAAGGAGUGGACACACUGGCUGAGGACAUUUACAAACUUCGUUCAAGCAGUGCAGCUGACUACCCCUACGCUUGACAAACUGGUUCUUCUCACUAACUAUGUGGCUCCUAGUGUGUAUGACUUUAUUUCUGAGUGUGAGACUUAUGAGAAGGCUGAAGAGGUUCUGACAUCUUUGUACGUGAAACCAAAGAAUGAAAUAUUUGCCAGACAUUUACUUGCCACUCGCAGGCAAAACUCAGGUGAGUCCCUGGAUCAGUUCCUGCAGGCACUGAAGCUACUUGCUAAGGACUGCCAAUUCAAAAGUGUAACUGCGGAGGAAGCGUGUGACAGUUAUGUUCGGGAUGCCUUCAUUAAUGGUUUGGUCUCGUGUGCAAUACGCCAGCGUCUGUUGGAGAAUAGGACACUGAACCUAAAUACUGCUUAUGAACAGGCCCGCACUCUGGAAAUGGCCCAGAAGCAUUCAGCCUCCUACUCUUCAGCAGAACCUGUCAAUGCUGCUGUGUCAGCAGUGAGUCGAGAGGAGGAAUCAUCUAGUGCUGAAAAUAACAGUGAGUCUGUUUCUGCUGCUACUUCUGGUGCUCGAUGUUUUUUUUUGUGGGAACAACCGGCAUCCCCGGACUCAGUGUCCUGCUAAAGACGCAGUGUGUUUGUAAUGUAAGAAGCAAGGGCAUUAUGCUAGGGUAUGCCGCUCUGUGAAACAGGUGAGUGGCUCUUCUAGCCCAAAAUAUUCCGCAGCAAUGCUAUCUUCAAUAGUGGGGGCCUCCAUUAAGUGUCUUGAAAAAUCCAUAACACCUCUCAAGCUUAAUGGUAGCUCUGUCAGUGCCUUUAUUGAUACUGGGAGUUCAGACAGCUUUGUGCGUCAUGAUGUAGUGGACCUAAACAAACUAACUAUGUCUCCAGAGCAUGGAAAAGUCUCUAUGGCUGAUGAAUCCCUGUCCUCAAACAUCUUAGGUCUGUGCACUGUGGACUUGGAGUUGCUAGGAGAGACUUAUCACGGUGUUGAACUCAAGGUGUUACAAAGCUUAUGUAGUGAUGUGAUACUAGGGCAUGACUUCCUGAGGAAACAUUCUGGUCUGGAAAUGGAUUUUGGAGGAGAAAAACCUCCCUUGAAGAUAUGUUCACUAGGUGUUGUUAAGGUGACCCCUCCUUUCCUUUUCAAGAACCUGACACCAAAUUGUAAACCAGUGGCUAAUAAGUCAAGAUUAUACUCCUUGAGUGACAAGAAGUUCAUUGAAGCCGAGACUGAGCGUAUGAUGUCGGAAGGAAUAAUAAGGCCUAGUAAUUCUCCUUGGAGGGCUCAAGUGCUGGUGACAUCAGGGGAGAAUCAGAAAAGGAGGAUGGUUAUAGAUUACUCUCGUACCAUAAACAGGUUCACCGAGCUUGAUGCCUACCCCCUGCCAAAUAUC